CGACCAGCAGCCGCCGCUACGUCAUCUACACGCGCCGGUGUUUUUGUUGAGACGCCUCUGUUUUAGUUUGCUGUUUUCACCAUGGUAGUGUUUCCAAGUUCACUGACGGAGGAAGAAGAGGCUCUGCAGAAGAAAUAUGCUAAACUAAAGAAAAAGAAAAAGGCGCUGCUUGCCUUGAAGAAGCAGAGUUCAACGAACCAGACAAACCAGGGUGGAUUGAAACGGACUUUGUCGGACCAGCCUGUUGUUGACACUGCAACGGCGACAGAGCAGGCGAAGAUGCUGAUCAAGACGGGUGCCAUCAGUGCCAUUAAGUCAGAGAACAAGAACUCAGGCUUUAAACGCUCUCGAAUGCUGGAAAUUAAACUCAAGGACCCGGAGAAAGGUCAGAUUCCUGCUUUCUUACCAUUCCAAAGGAGUGUCUCUACAGAUGAAGAACUACCUGAGUCUGGGAAAAGAGCACACAGGAAGUCUCUGUAUGAGAGCUUUGUCAGCUCAAAUGACAGAUACCGGGAUGAGGAGGAGGGAGGCAGCAUGUCAUCCAGCCGCGAAGUAGACCGAGACAGAGAGCGAGACCGCGACCGAGAGAUGGAUAGAGAGCGGGAAAAAGACAGAGACAGAGAUAGAGACCAAGACAGAGACCGAGAGAGAGACCGGGAGAGGGAAAGGGAGAGGGAUAGAGACAAAGACAGAGACAGAGACAGAGACAGAGACAGAGACAGGGAACGAGACCGGGAACGAGACCGGGACCGGGAGAGAGACAGAGACCGAAGCAGAGACAGGGAUCGAGAACGUGACAGGGAACGGGACAGAGAAAGAGAUGCACCGUUCAGACGGUCAGAUUCAUACCCAGAGCGGAGAGGGGUACGGAAGGGGAAUACGGUGUAUGUGUACGGCUCUGGGCUCGGCGAGGACAACCUGCGCUCUUCUUUCUCUCAACAUGGAAACAUCAUCGACCUCUCCAUGGACAACCCACGCAAUUGUGCAUUCAUUACUUUUGAGAAGAUGGAGUCUGCAGACCAGGCUGUGGCUGAGUUAAAUGGAGCCACGGUGGGAGACGUUCACAUCAAAGUCAGCAUCGCCAGGAAGCAGCCAAUGCUGGAUGCUGCCACUGGGAAAUCAGUCUGGGCUUCUCUGGCUGUGCAGAACAGCACAAAAGGCUCCUACAGAGACAAGAGGAACCAAGUUGUGUACAAUGAAGAUUUCCUGUGAUUAAAAAAAAUCAUUCUUUUUUAUUUAGGCAUAUAGCUUUUGAUGUUUUUGUUUUAAUGAUGUUAGACAGCUGCUAAGUGUUUGUGUUACAGCGUGAAUACAAAACUAUCUGUUGUCUUGGAUGGUAUGUGAUGUGUGUGGCUCAUGAAAUGAGCGAUACUGUUUUGAGCUCAAUAAAAAGUAUUCAUGCAUUCGUACCGUGAGUGAGAUUUACAUGAGGCUUGUAUCAACAAGACCCGGUGAAAGUGGGACAACAAAGAGGGAUCAUUUGUUUUAUUAACAGAAAAUCAGGGAUGACCUAAGGCCAACUUUUGAACGUGAGGUACCUGUUAAUCAUUCCAAAUCCCACUUUCAAAAUGUAUUUUCUGUACGUGUUGCAACAAAGGAACAAGUUGCAUUAGAUAAAACAAAGUCUAAAAACACUACCACUUUCUCAGUCUUAAUUGUCAACAUAAGUUAAAACACCUGUGUGAGUGGACUAACAGAGGAGACUUUUAUCUCUUAUUUACACUGAUUUAAAUCUCCUUGUCAUUGAACUGUGGCAAGUCAUCGUACUAAACAUGUAUUACAUAUAUUCAAGUUUAACGUUACAGUUCUGAGUCAAACUAAUAAAACUGUCCUAAUAACAAUCAAUGUCCUGUUCACAUGAAAAUCAACAGGACUUUUGUCACUGAGGACAUUUUGACAUCUCCCAAUAUAUAAAGUAUAGUUCCAUUUAGCUGCUUUAGCGUCCAGAUCUUGGUAUUGUGCCUGCUGGCUUUAAUACAACAGAGCCGUCGUUAGUGUCACUAGUAAUACCUGUGCUAUGACAAGUCAAAAUGUCUGGUGUAAAAAAAGGCCUCUUGUCUUGUUUUUUGCAAAUUUGAAACUUAUAUGAAAGGACUCUUAUUUUCACAGUCUGACAUUUUAAAGGCCUCAGUCAUUUUCAAGCACAUGCUUAAAGGUACAGUGUGUAGCAUUUUUUGGGGUUCGAUUGGCAUAAAUGGAAUAUUCAUAACUAUGUUUUCAUAAGUGUUUAACACCCUACAACUUAAGAAUCGUAAAGGUUUUGGUUUUUAAAAAUGAGGCCUUCAUUACUACAUAGGGAGCAGGUCCUCUUCACGGAGUCAGCCGUGUUGCACCGCCAUGUUUCUACAGCAGCCCAGAAAGAGAAACCUCUAGCGUUAGCUUGUGCUUUUUGUAACUUGAAGGCCACCUUAGUUCUCCCACACGCUUGUAACAGUGAAAGUAAGGUGAGCCUUAGGGUGCCAAAUGUGCGUUUGGUUGCAAUUUGCAACCACACCCAUAGAUGCCGCCAAUCCUACACACUGUCCCUUUAAUAUCCCCAUUGGGAUUGUGACCCCACAGACUGACCCCCCCACUGGAUGCAGAGAGCUGCAGAGCCUGAGGAGUUUAAGA